UUCAAGAAGAUCAGGUACCGAAAGUUACCCUAGAGUCAUCACUACUCAUAACAUAUUGUGUGAUUUACGAACAUUACACCCUAAAGCUUAUUUCAGUGAUCUCGCGUGUUUCUGCAUUGUCUGCAGUGAUCCCCGCGCCACCACCGCCGAGCACUGCUCCAUCGACUCCAGUUGUAACAGGGAUGUCUACAAGGAUCUCUCGAUUACCCAUCGUGCCUCCAGCAACGCCCGCGCCCACAACGCCAUCUACGUCAAGUACAACGACCAGGACUACCACGUCAACAACUACCACGACGAAGACCACGACGACGACGACCACCACAGCUGCCACGACGAGGACGACCACCACGACUGCCACGACGAGGACGACCACCACGACCACCACGACGACCACGAUGACCACGACGACCACAACCACCACAACAACGACCACAACCACGACAACAACCACGACCACAACCACGACGACAACUACCCGCCCGCGAACUACCACCAGCUACCCUGUUGAUAAAGGUCCUCUACUCUGCACAAUCAAGGCUUCCAACCGCUACCCCGAAUACCGAAUGCAUGAUGUCGCCACGCAGCCUUUUCCGUACGCUACCCUUUGCGACUACGUCAUCGUCGACAUCGCGCAGUCACCGGAUGGCAGCUAUAACUACUCUGCGUACAAGUUUCUGAAUAAUACCAACAGAUUCUUGUUCACGAUUGACCACGGCGGCUUUCUCCAUGAUGUGGAGAACAUAAUCAGCAGCAGCAAGUUCAUCGAGAGCGUCCGGGAUAUAAAUAAGGUUCUAACUAUAAAAGGAUUUGGCCUGUUCGAGGAGCUUUCCUCUGCCGGAAGUACCUACACCCCGGCCGAGGUCACCUCCCUUAGAUCCAUAUACAAGCAUGAGAAGGCUGAAAAGAUCGCAUAA